GCCUACAGCUGCUGAGAGGACGGGAGGGGGGGAGUGAACGAAAGAAAGAAAAUGUAUCCGACACGAGACAUUUCCGGUCCUGUGACUUAUCAGGUGGUUGUUGGGUAGGAGGAGAGGAUUGGGGCACAGUGCUUUCUGUUCCAAUACCUCCAACCCGACGGGCCACUGCCAUCGCUAAAGCUAUAUCUCUCACUAAAAACAGAAAAGAGGAAGUAGCGGAACUUUUGAAAGUUUGAAAGUUUGUGAAACCUUUUACCCCUCAACUGUCACCCGGAAUUGCUGUGUGCCAUGGCCGGAGGUUCAGUAACGGAAUGCAAGGAGUAUUUGUUUAAAGUGUUGGUGAUAGGCGAACUGGGGGUGGGGAAAACCAGCAUCAUCAAGCGGUACGUCCACCAACUUUUCUCCCAACACUACCGGGCAACCAUUGGCGUGGACUUCGCACUAAAAGUAAUAAACUGGGACAGUAAAACGCUGGUGAGACUGCAGCUAUGGGACAUAGCAGGACAGGAACGCUUUGGCAACAUGACGCGGGUCUACUACAAGGAGGCGGUGGGGGCGUUUGUGGUGUUCGAUGUGACGCGCGGCUCCACCUUCGAGGCGGUGGCCAAGUGGAAGCACGACCUGGACAGCAAGGUGAAGCUGGCCAACGGCAGCCCCAUCCCCUCAGUGCUGCUGGCCAACAAGUGCGACCAGAAGAAGGACUCGUCCAACAACGCCAGCCUCAUGGACAACUUCUGCAAGGAGACUGGUUUCCUGGGCUGGUUUGAGACCUCGGCCAAGGAGAACAUCAACGUGGACGAAGCGGCCCGGUCCUUGGUGGAACACAUCCUGCAGAACGACAAGGGCCUCCCGUACGAGGAGAGCAAUGGCGACCGUGUUCGUCUUGAACAGGACCCUGCCACUGCAGAGAGCAAGUCAGGCUGCUGCUAGCGACGCUGCGAAAUUACGUGAAAUAACACAGCACAACGGGUGCCGCUAUCGCCCUCUCUGACCCCCUGACCUUUGCCCUUUGGACUCCCGAGCAUGCUCCGAACGGACGGGAUCUACCCUGCCAUCCUGACCAGAGAGGGUGGCCUGUGUUGGAGGCGUCUGACUCCUGUUAUCACACUACCCACAAUCCUUCACUCCAGCAUGAAGUCUCGUUCUCAUCACGUUUGUUCUCUAUGUGUGACCUUUUUUAGUCUAUCUUCCUUGUUGAAUUUGUCCUCUCCCUUUCCCUCUCUCUCUGGGAUACAACCACUUUUAACUGUGUACAUGUUUGUUUAUCUCUGUCUGUGUGUGUGUGUGUGUGUCUGUGCGCCCUUUUGAGUGAGAGCGAAAGACUCACAGGGAGAGAGAGUCUCACAGUGUAUGUGUGUUUGUCUAUAUUUCCAACCCCGUUAUCAACCUUUAAACAAAACACACGCACACGCACACACACACACACACACACACUCACUGAAACAUCUUCCAGCCUAACCACAGAUAGUACUGUGGGGCCAGCUUCACUGUCACUGUGCCAAUAGUUUGAUGCUGAAGGGGAGGUUGUUCCUCUACCACCCUACAUGCUGGGCUCUUGUAUUUCUAAGCCACACAGUAGAGAAAUGUAGAGGCUGAGGCCUCUUCUCACUGCACAUCUCUCGUACAUGCACCAAGGCAGGACUAGACUGGACUAAACUGUACUAAGUCAUAGGAAAACCAUUCAAAACCAUAGAGAAGUACCAGAGAGGUUCUCACAGGAUAUAAGUGUAUUGUGUGUGUAUACCUCUCUGUGUUUGUGUCUUAAGAGUUUGUAAAGCCUGUAGUUUGCCAAACAUGCACGUUUUUUUUAAACUUUUCUUUAUUCUUUUUAAAAAAAAGAGAAUGCGACUCCAAACUGGUCUGUCUGUAUUUAACUACAUGUGAACAAUAAUGUGCAGACACCCAAGGUACUUGUAGUGGUAAUUAGUCUUAAUCUUAAUGGUAUUUAAUGUUUUAACACUGCAUGUUGUGAGGGAACUGCCCCUUGCCUCUGCCCUUAUGUUCAGCAAUGAAUCAAGUGUCUUUUUUUUUUACAAAAUGGAGGACUGCCAGUUAUGGUCCAGUUUACAUGAGAAAAGACCUCUCAAGUAUCAAAAGAAUAAAGCUUUUAUUGAACAACUUUA